AUGAAGAAAAAGGUCGGCGCAGCAUACAGACAGGCAUACAACGUCCAAGGUGCGACGUUUGUGUCGUCCGCGACUACGAGUUCGUCUGCCAGCGGACCGGCCACCUCGGCUUCAUCUACAUCGAGCUCCACUUCGCUCGCCUCAACACUCUCAAUAUCUGGAACUCUCUCUUCGACACUAAGCUCUAGUUCUGCGUCUGCCAUUUCCUCAUAUCCAUCAUCCUCGUCUACGUUGUCCUCAUCCUCAGACAUCUCAUCGACUUCUACCUCUGUCUCGUCGUCCAUACCUACCCUUGGCUUUGGUCAGCAGUGCACUUCUGCUUCGCAGUGUCAGACUGGAUACUGCAUACUAGGAGCGUGCAAUUACCAGAGUCAAGACGGCGGGCCUUGCAAACAAAGUACUGAUUGCAAACGUGGGGUUUGCAAUCACUAUGGACAAUGUUCCUCUGGCACAGGCGGAGUGGGUUGUUAUUACGACAGCGACUGUCUCUCUUCGUCAUGUGUAUCCAAUCAAUGCAGCCCGAUCUGUGUCACUGGAGCUGAUGGUACCAGCUGCGCACAAGCUUCGGACUGCUCAUCUGGUCACUGCAACACAGAAGGUGUGUGUGGAAAGUCUGCGGAUGGAGCGGCCUGUACUGUUGAUAAUGAUUGUACCUCGAAAUUCUGCAACGGUGAACGGACCUGUGGGCAGCUUGCAGACGGCGCGACUUGUUCAGCAAGUGCAGAUUGCAAGACUUCAUUCUGCAAUGGUGAGAAGACUUGCGGAAAACGACAAGAUGAUGCAACUUGUUCGACGAAUGCAGACUGUCUCGGUGGGUUUUGUAAUUCGCUGGGCACUUGC